GUUAUUUGUGGCGCACCCCUGCGGCCGAGGGCUCGUUGACCGAGUCCGGGAGGCCCAAUAUGGCGCUGCUAGGCCGAGCUUUCUUUGCUCGGGGUCUCGGUGCUCCGCGGCUUUUCAGUCAUGGAACACAAAUAUUAUAUCAAAGCACUGAAGCUUUUCAGUCUAAAUUCUUUCCACCCCUUCAAAAAGCCAUGCUGCCACCUAAUAGUUUUCAAGGAAAAGUGGCUUUCAUCACUGGGGGCGGCACUGGCCUGGGUAAAGGAAUGACAACUCUUCUGUCCAGCCUGGGUGCUCAGUGCGUGAUAGCCAGCCGGAAGAUUGAUGUUUUGAAAGCUACUGCAGAACAAAUUUCCUCUCAAACUGGAAAUAAGGUUCACGCAAUUCAGUGUGAUGUGAGGGAUCCUGAAAUGGUUCAAAAUACUGUGUUGGAACUGAUCAAAGUUGCAGGACUUCCUGAUAUUGUGAUAAACAAUGCAGCAGGGAAUUUUAUUUCUCCCACUGAAAGACUCUCUGCUAAUGCUUGGAAGACUAUAACUGACAUAGUUCUAAAUGGCACAGCCUUUGUGACACUAGAAAUUGGGAAGCAACUAAUUAAAGCACAGAAAGGAGCUGCGUUUCUUGCUAUUACAACCAUCUAUGCUGAGUCCGGGUCAGGUUUUGUAGUACCAAGUGCUUCUGCCAAAGCAGGAGUUGAAGCCAUGAACAAGUCACUCGCAGCUGAAUGGGGUAAAUAUGGGAUGCGAUUCAAUGUGAUCCAGCCUGGGCCUAUAAAAACCAAAGGUGCCUUUAGUCGUCUUGACCCAACUGGUGCUUUUGAGAAAGAAAUGGUUGACAGAAUUCCCUGUGGCCGGCUAGGAACUGUGGAAGAACUUGCAAACCUUGCUGCUUUCCUCUGUAGUGAUUAUGCCUCUUGGAUUAAUGGAGCAGUCAUUAGAUUUGAUGGUGGAGAGGAAGUAUUUAUUUCAGGGGAAUUCAACAGUCUGCGGAAGGUCACCAAGGAGCAGUGGGACACAAUAGAAGGACUCAUCAGGAAGACAAAAGGUUCCUGAACUGCUCUGACCUUCAUCUUGGUUACAGCGGAAAUGAUACAAGUUGCCUAUAAUCUUUUGAAUAUACUCAAGUCUAAUAAACUUUUCAUUAACAAACAUUCACUGAGUAUAUAUUAUGUGCCAGGCCAGGUAUAGGUAGACAUUGUAUAUUCAAAGAUAAAUAAGAUAUAAUAUCUUCCUUGUGAGAAAUUUUUAGAAAAUAUAGAAGGGAAGUGAGUGAAGACUUUGAUAGAGAUAGGAAGUACUUAGAAGUGAGAAAAAGCAACAGAUAAUUGUAACCUGGAAAAAUAAGGAGGAAUUUAAUGAAGGAAGUAGUAUUUGAGUUAUAUUGUAAACCAUGCCCAUGGUGAUGGACCAUGUUAAAAGAGAGAAAAUAGAGCAUCUAUAGUAUAUUUAGUGAAUGCUGCCUUUUCACUGUAUUUCCUUUUCACUGGACUUUUAAAUCAUCUUCUUUAGAUAGCUCAAUAUUAAUUCAAACAAAGUUUUAUUAGGACCUAUUUUAUAACCUGAUGUUUCAUUUGAUACUGAGGAUAAAACAUGAAUAACCUACAGCUUUGCCCUCUUGAAACUCAAGAGGGCAAAAGGUUUACAAAUAGACCUGUAAAUAAUUAUAACAGGUUUACAAAUAGACCUGUAAAUAAUUAUUUAUUGUGCUUUGCAAUACAUACUGUCCUAGUGGUGUUAGAGUGUGAAGGAAGAAGAAAUUCAUUCUGUCUCUAGAGUUUAUAGAAAGUGACACUUAGGAUAUAGCAUUCCAUCUCUGCUUUAUAAGAGUGAAUUUCUCUUGGUGGAGAUAAAUAAAGCUUAU